ACCACGGGGAGCUAAGUGUGAUUUUGUGUGCACAGUUUUUAAUUCACAGAAAGCUGCGUUUGAUAGCUUUUUAAGUGUUUGAUUGCAUUGUAGCUGUGUAACCUGUUUUCGCGGACUGGUUUUAUAAGACUUUCAGCGAUAGGUCUACCUAGUGUGAUGUAAAGAUGUUAGAAUAAACAUCUAUUGCGUAAUUAAAGUCAGUGUAAGUCUGAAGCCAUAAAAAUUUCCUGUAACGCUAGAUUGUUAUGGAUCAGGUAAAUGAUGGAGGAGGUGGGUCGUCGCCCCCUGUGUUUCCUCAUCAGUCCACAGAGUCAUCCGAAAGGAUUUUGUCAGAAGAAGAAGUGGAGAAACUGAAGAAAGACCAGGUUUUGGUGUCAGAUUUUAAGCAGCAGAAAUUGGAGAUUGAUGCUCAAAAAAACUGGGACUUAUUUUACAAAAGGAAUACCACAAACUUUUUUAAAGACAGGCACUGGACAACAAGGGAAUUUGAGGAGCUUAAAGCUUGCAGAGAGUUUGAGUCCCAGAGGCUGGUGAUGCUGGAGGCUGGAUGUGGAGUUGGCAAUUGCAUCUUUCCUUUGUUGGAAGAAGACCUCAACAUCUUUAUCUACGCAUGUGACUUUUCACCACGAGCUGUACAGUUUGUAAAGGAAAACUCUCUGUAUUGUCCAGAGCGAUGUCUGGCAUUUCAGUGUGACCUGACUAAAGAUGACCUCCAUGCCACCAUUGCAGAAAACAGUCUGGAUGUUGCUACUCUGAUAUUUGUCCUCUCUGCUAUUCAUCCUGACAGAAUGCAUCAAGUACUGAAAAACAUUUAUCGGGUAUUAAAACCAGGAGGAAUCGUCUUAUUCAGGGACUAUGGCCUUUAUGAUCAUGCCAUGCUAAGGUUUAAAUCAGGAAGCAAGCUCGGGGAGAAUUUUUAUGUGAGACAGGAUGGCACACGUUCCUAUUUCUUCUCCCGAGAGUACUUGGCCAAGCUGUUUCAGCAGGCGGGGUUUCAGACACUCGUUAACGAAUAUGUUCUGAGAGAAACUGUAAACAAAAAGGAAGGACUGUGUGUUCAACGAGUAUUUCUCCAGAGUAAAUACCACAAACCUGAAUGACUGUCGUUUCUUCAGUGUUUUUUAUGAAGAAGUGCAUGUAAUGUGAUAGUUUUAUGAAUUGAAUCAUGUUUAAUACUUGAACUUGGAGCAAAUAAAUUACUUUUUUAUGGUCUUACUGUAUUAAUUAUAUUAAAGCACAUGUUAACAGAGGGAGA